AAUAGUACGUUUGGUAGUAAAUAAAAUAAACGAGGUUACGUUACCCAUUGUGAGUCCCUCGACCAUGUAAACAAGACGCACAAGCCUUCUUCAAGGUGUAGUCAGGGCGGGAAGAGGAUUUUGUGCCCUAAAAACUCGUAAAACCGUGUGAACUCUCGAUUGUUGAGGGUCUCUGGGAGCUUGGGGGACUUGUUAUCCUGGGGACGCUGGAAAUAGAAGGAUUACAACGCUAUGGAGAAGACUGAGCGUUGACCUGAUCAAGUUCAAAGCGAAGCUUGGGCGCUCUCUUACAAAAGAUGGACUACGAUUCAGCCUCGAGUUGUGAGGAUCGCCUCCUGGACCUGGAGUCCUCGAACCGUCACCGCAAGCGUCCCUCCCACCCGAAGAAGCCCCACCAUCUGUACCCCACGGACGCCUGCAUCCCCUCCAAGGACACCCCCUCGACCUCGAUGCACCUCACCAAUCACCCACGGGCUUCCGUAAAAAUAAUCGAGCGCUCCCUCUCCUCCCAAGUAAUGGAGUACUACCACAAGUACUCCCAAUCCUCGAACCUGGAUCGCUUCUUCUCAAUGCCAGGUUCAACCUUCAGCAAUGAAGGAUACAAAAAUUACCUGAAGCCUCCAGAGUCGCCGAAUCCAUGGGAGUCAAAUCGAAAGAGUCCAACGAGUGCCGAGAAGCCGUCGCUACUCCCGGAGAUUCCACGGGAGCGGCGCCGAUGGGUUCGUCCUCCGCUGAUCGGUCAGCCCUCAGGAGCAUCCACAGAGCCCCUCCCGACCUACCAAGACUCCCUGGAGCCAACAGGGAUGACUCCAGAGCCAGAGGAUCAGAUAAAUCCUUCGCAAGACUCUGAAAUAAUAUCGGAGGACAGGAGCAACUGUCGAAAGGAGAAUUCCUGCCUUGAAACUGGUGACAGAGAAGCCAAGGCAGCAUCUCCAACGUCCAGUAUCACCUCUCACAAACCCCUGGAGUGGGACAGCGGAGCAGACGUAGGGUACACCGCCCUCACCAGGAACAAAGAGAAGGAACGAAAUAUGCUAUGUACGAUUGAACGAAUGGCCCUGGCGAGGGGCCUAUGCUCUGCGGCCCUUCGACUGGACCCUGAAGGCACGACUGGCUCCACUGUGGACCCUGGGGGCACCCAGAACAAUUCUCCAUCGAGAUCCAGCCGUAAAUCGUCGAAGCCAAAUGCUCACUCCACCAGAAUCAUGAACGACGGGUCUGAAUCUGAAGGAGAGAUCGAGAUAACUCCGAUAGUGAAGGCCAAUCUUCCAGGUAUCAUCGCCGGCAAGGUCACCGAAGGUGAAGAGAUUCCAGUAAAAUCCCUGGUCCCGAGGAAAUUCGCUGAGGGAGAAAAAAAUUCCGCGAUGGUGGAGACACCGAAGACAUCUCAACCAGGAAAAUCCAAAUUUGGAACUGAAAAAUUCUCGAAGAUUCGGGAUCUCAAGGACUUUCAGGAGUCAUCUAUGAAGAAGAGCGCCUCGAUGAACAUCCUCGCAAUGCCCCUAACCAAAAUUUCCCUCAAACGAAGUCAGAGUGAAUUGAAUUUACGAGAGAACGAGGAUGGAAAAUCGUCCCAGGUACCACUGAACUUUCCUUCCACUUCUUCAAUAGCUACAAUUGUCAAUAAACCCUUGACCUGUGACAAGGACAUUCAGACGAAUCUUGAGGAGGCCCUGAGAAAGGAGUCGAUUGGAAUUCAGGUGUCGUCGAUUAUGGACGAGGAGAAAUCGGCAGAGCAGCUGAAAGAGCAGGAAAACAUUCCUGAGGAGUCCAGCCAAUCGCCUCCCCAAGAAGAAGAGAAGCCUCCGCUGCCAAAGAGAAUCAGCAGUCUCUCCCAGCAUCCCCAGUCGAUUCUGAAGAACUCGGGUAGUGCCUCCAGCCAGAGUAAAAAGGAUUCUCGAUCGGAGAGAACCUCCUCAGACACACCAUCAGAGACAGACGCAGGUCGAGCCUCUCACAGUUUUGAAUAUUUUCCAGGUAACGUUUACCAGAAUGUACCAGGUGAGAGUACAUCGCACGUGUCGUCGGUGGACACCAGACAGUCUCACUCAACAAUGCCAAACACAUCAUCAAGCCUCGACGAAAAGCUCUGGGGAGAUUCUGACAGUCUCCUCCAGGACUUGGAGAGGAGUUUGAAUAUAUUGAAGAGUCUGGUGGACGCCAACAAGUGCGACAAGCACGUUAAGAAGCGAUUGAUUCAUCACGUCAUCAAGAGACUUGUGUCUACCAAGUACACCGACGACAAGAUCUCCCACGAUCUGGAGGAGACAGUCCCCUGGAAUCCGGACAACGCUCGGAAUAAAGUUUACAGGACUGAGAUAAUUCAAGCCCUGGCUAAGAAGCAGAAGCCAUCGAACAGUACUGAGGAGUCCUCCGAGGACUGGAAGCCGAGGAAGACUUCGUCUUUCACGAAGAAGCCGCAGGACAACUCCAGGACGUUGAAGGAGAUGAUACAGCUUGUGGCGAGCAGUGAGAAUAGUGAUUUGUUCGAGGGACGACACACCGACAGAACGGACGUCAUGCAAGACGGGAGGAAAGCUAGGAUGGGACUGAGAAGUGAAGACAGACAUCGUCAUCUCCAACGAGAGCCUACCCUGGACACCGAGAAGAGCGAGAGCUCUGAGUGCUUUCUUCCUCAGCAGAUAACGUACAAGACCAAAGUGGAGAACAAAACUGGAUCUGCUGGUAAGACACCAUCAAGUGUCAACACUACGAGCGAAAGAACAAGAGGAGGAGACGAUAAGAUGGACUGGAGGCUCGCCAGGACGAUGUCCGAGAGACGAUUUGAACUUGAACGGUGUAACUAUGGGACUGGGGCGACUACCAGGCUGAUAGACUACGUGGAGAUGGAGAAGAAGAAUCAGCUGGUGUGGAUCAGCAAUGAAAUAAAUCACCUGUCGAAUCUGAAGAAACUCCUGGAGGAGCCGAAGAGCUACAAGGACUCCAAACGCUCACCGAGAAAGCAAUGUCAUGGGGGAAAAAAGGAUUCUGAUCAGGAGCGUGGGAGGAUCAAUGACGAGUGGUCGUCCCAUGGUAAUUUAGCGGUGAGGGAGACCUUGAGGAAGAGGAACAGCUGUACACAGACUGGGGGAAGGAAUUGCAAGAGCGAUGAGGAGGGAAUUGUCGAGGGGAUGGAGGGACUGAUGAAGAAUUCAGGUCGGGAGGUGGUGAGGACAUGCACUCAGAAUGAGACUUCAGAGUCCUCCACGAAACCAUCGCCGUCGUGGUCACCCAGGAGGGACUGUCUUCUUCAUGGGAAUAAAAAGGAAGUCUGCAAGUGUCGGAGGCGAAACUCUUCGGCUUCGGAUGUCGUGGAGAUGAGUAGAGUCAGGGGACAUGAGGAGAGACGAACUGCUGACAGGACAUGUCAGGGGUCUGAUACGAAGAAGGAGGCGAAGAACAGGUUGAAUGAUAUGUGCAGGUCUGAGGUUAAUGUUGGGGAGGUUCAGGGGGAGUUGAUGGGGAGGAGGGGGAUGGGACAUUGCAGGGGGUGCAGGUGUGAUGGGGAUGUGGGGGGGUUGGAGGGGGAUAGGGAGAGGGAUUUUGAUGAAAAUGUGGCGGACGAUGGACCGGUGAGUCGUGGGGAGGUGGGGAAAUCUGGUGACUGCAGGUGCGAUGAUAAUUCACGGAGGGAUGAGGAGAGGGGUGAUAGGCGGGGGGAGGGGAAGGAGGUGAGGAGCUGUCGUACCUGCGGAACUGUCUACACGUCGGUUGAUAAGACUUGUCAGUGCAAUUUGAGUUAUGUCAAACCGAUUGCUUAUGAGUUGAAUUUCAAGGAUACGCGGAGAAGGAGCCCCCAGGGGAGGAGGGGGUCUUCUUCGAGGGGUGAUACCACUACUGAGGAUGGACACUCGUGCAAAAGUGAGGACUGCUAUUGUGGUACUCGACAGCCUUUGUUGAAGGAUUAUCUAACCAAAAAUAAACCGGAAUUCGUUGAUAACGUGGAGACCAGGAAGCGAUACAUGUCAGAGCUGUCGCAGUUGAGGCAGUUGAAGAAGGAAAAACGAAUGCAAUUUCUCGCUAUGGCAUCACCAAAUGGUUUAAUUGCGUCACCACGAAAUUUCAAAACAACUGUCAAGAGUCAGAAAAAAAUAACUGACGAAGAAAUGAAACUGCGAUUACGUCAUCGGUACCUGAGGCUCAAUGAGGUGAGGAACAAACGCCGUCAGAAGGAAAAAGAAGAGGCCGCCAAGAGAAAUCACCUCAUGGCCAAGAUAUUCUGCAAAAAAUUGCAGCAAAAAGUUCUUAGAGGGGAGGUCGAUCUAUCACAAAGUGUCAGUGUUAUAUCAAAUUUAUAACAAUGUCAAAUUGUUUGAGAUAAACCGAAACUAUUAUACAAAUUAGAUAAGUACCCACCGAAAUAAUGCUCAGAUCGAGCCAUAGUUAUAUUGUGUGUUGGUUUUUUUAUUAAUCUGUAGUUUCUGUAUUCGCGAGUGACCUUCCAGUUUUUAAUAGACGCUAGAGCGUAGACUGAAAUAUUUUUUAUGAUUAUUAAAAUGUGUAUUUUGCGGUUGGAAUAAAGAUUUUUCGGUAAUAAAAA